GGCUUAUUUUAUAAUCGCUGUGCAUUGACGACGACGCCAUAUUGAAAAGCUUUCUGUUCCUCAAAACUUGUGCUUUAACCUUUUUUUUUAAAUUGAUGAGAAUGUCCCGUUACUCCAGACCACCGAAUUCUUCUCUCUAUGUCAGAAAUGUUCCAGAUGGCACACGCCCAGAAGAGUUGAGAGCCAUGUUUGGAAAGUAUGGACCCAUCACAGAUGUUUAUGUUCCUUUGGAUUAUUAUACCAGGCGUCCUCGUGGAUUUGCCUAUGUGCAGUUUGAAGAUCCUCGAGAUGCUGAUGAUGCAUUAUAUCAUUUGGAUCGUACACGAUUUUAUGGCAGAGAAUUGGAGAUUGAAUUUGCCAGAGGGGAUAGAAAGUCACCUGGCCAAAUGAGAGGAAAAGAAAGGUCCAGAAGAUCACCAUACUCAAGAUAUGAUGACUAUGACCGUAGGCGGAAUCGAUCACGAAGCCGUAGCCCUAGGUACAGAUCUCAUUCUCGCAGCCCUUACUCUAGCAGAAAUAGAUCUCGUUCUAGGAGUCCUUACAGAAGUAGCAGGCGAAGUCGUACCAGAAGCAGAACACCUAAGAGAGACAGAACAUAUAGUCGUUCCAGAAGUCACUCUGGGUCUUAUGACAGAAAGAAAGAAAAUGGUUCCAGAAGCAGAUCAAAGACAAGAUCACCAGCUAAAUCGGACAAAGAAGAAGAAAGAGAAGAAUCUCCAGCAGAAUAAAAAGCUUUCAAAUAGAAAAUGUUUCAUUCAUUUGACAUUGUACAUUGACCAUAUCCAUCUUUCACUUUGACCUGUGUAAUUUUAAAAGUGUUAAAUGUCCAUAUGAGUUAUCUUAAAAACUUACUGUAAAGGCUUGGAUAGAAACCAUUACAGCUUGCUUGUAUUUUAAAA